UCCGUUAUUCACUGUGGGUUGGUUCUUGGGAGAGCUCCAUCCGCGGCGCACGGCGCUCCUUUACCGGUCAGUCAAAACCUGAAGGACUAUGACUGAUAAACCAAUCUCCCAUAAAGUGAUCCAGCUGGGAAGAUAGAACAUUUGUUACCCCCCCACAUCCUACGUCUCCUCCAGAAAAAUGAGGACUAUCUUGGUGGGUGUUGUGUGGCUCUGUCUCGGCCUGUCCCUGGAUGCGGUGUCUUUGAAGGGACGGAGGACGGACACGCUGGACGGAGAGGGAAUAGAAGCAGCCAUCAAAGGAGAGAAGCCGCUUAAAAGAGUGAGACGAGGCUGGAUGUGGAACCAGUUUUUCCUGCAGGAGGAGUACACGGGCAGCGAGUACCAGUACAUUGGCAAGCUCCAGUCAGACCAGGACCACGGCAACGGCGUGGUCAAGUACGUUCUCUCCGGUGAGGGUGCCGGCACCAUCUUUGUCAUCGAUGAGAAUAACGGCGACCUGCACGCCACUCGCCGCCUGGACCGCGAGGAGAAGUCUUUUUAUAUUCUCAGAGCCACGGUGGUCAACAAACGGACAGGUCAAAAGCUGGAGCCGGAGACCGAGUUCACCAUCAAACUCCACGACAUCAACGAUAACGAGCCUCACUUCAACAAAGAGGUUUACACCGGCAGCGUACCGGAGAGGUCCGACAUCGGUACCUCAGUCAUCCAGGUGACGGCUACAGAUGCUGAUGACAGCAUGUACGGGAACAGUGCCAAACUGGUCUACAGCAUCAGCCAGGGACACCCAUACUUCUCAGUGGACCCAAACACAGGUGUGAUCCGGACAGCCCUGGGUCCCGGCGACAUGGACCGCGAGCAGAGGGAACACUACCAGGUGGUGAUCGAAGCGAAGGAUAUGGCCGGACAGAGAGGAGGGCUCACCGGCACCACCACGGUGAACAUCACCCUCACCGACGUCAACGACAAUCCUCCCCGCUUCACUCAGAGUAUAUACCAGUUCAGAGUCCCAGAGUCGUCCAAGUCCGGCUCUCCAGUUGGAAGGAUCCAAGCCACUGACAGAGACAUCGGGAGGAACGCCGAGAUGUACUUCACCAUCGUCAGCGGAGACGGCAUGGACAUGUUCGACAUCUCCACUGACAAAGACACUCAGGACGGAGUCAUCACCGUCAGCAAGCCUUUGGAUUACGAGAAGAAGCCAUCGUACACAGUAGAGAUCCAGGUCCAGAACACCCAGGUGGACCCUCGCUUCAUGUCCGCCGGCUCCAAAGACAUGGCCACGGUCCGGAUCGCCGUGGAGGACGUGGACGAGCCGCCGCUAUUCGACAAAGCCAGCUACCUGAUGGAGGUGAAGGAAGACGCGGCGGUGGGCGUAGCCGUGGGCUCGGUCAGCGCCAUGGACCCCGACGGAGCCCGCAGCAUGGUCAAGUAUUCCAUCGACCGUCGCACCGACAUGGACCGCCUGUUCAACGUCCAUCCGGGGAACGGAUCCGUGUUCCUGCUCAAAACCCUGGACAGAGAGGAGACCGCCUGGCAUAACAUUACAGUCAUCGCCACCGAGUACAAUAAUCCCCGUCAGAGCAGCCAUGUUCCCGUCUACAUCCGCCUGCUGGACAUCAAUGACAACGCUCCCACCUUCGCCGCCACGUAUGAAACCUUCGUCUGUGAGAGAACCAAGGCUGGACAGCGGAUCCAGACAGUGAGUGCUAUAGAUGCCGAUGAGCCGUCGACGGGACACAAGUUCUUCUUCAGCCUCGCUCCUGAGGGGACCCACCGCAGCAACUUCACCGUCCGAGACAACGGAGAUAACACCGCUGGCAUCCUGACUCGUCGCGCCAGCUACAGCCGCCUGCACCAGAGCGUCUACCUGGUUCCCGUGGUGAUCACUGACGGCGACUACCCCAUGCAGAGCAGCACCGGCACCCUCACUGUGAGGGUGUGCACCUGCGACCGCGAAGGCAACAUGGAGCUGUGCAACGCCGAGGCCCUGAGCAGCUCGCCCGGCCUCAGCACCGGGGCCCUUAUUGCCAUCCUCCUGUGUGCCAUCAUACUGCUGAUGAUCGUGGUUCUGUUCACAGCAUUGAAACGUCAAAGGAAGCAGGAGCCUCUCAUCAUCUCCAAAGAGGACGUCCGGGACAACGUUGUAAGCUACAACGACGAGGGCGGCGGCGAGGAGGACACCCAGGCUUUCGACAUCGGAGCUCUUCGACACCCGGAUGCUGCCGCCGCCUUGGAAGAAUCCGCCAAACAGAGACGUGACAUCAUCCCCACCGACACCCUGCUGUACCCGCCGCACCGCCGCCCCGCGCCCGCCGCCUCCGGCCUCAUCCUGCCCCCGGUGAACAUGACGUCACGGGACAACGGGGACGUACGCGAGUUCAUCAACCAGAGGGUGCUGGAGAACGACUGUAACCCGACGGCGCCGCCGUACGACUCGCUGGCCACCUACGCCUACGAGGGCGCGGGCUCAGUGGCCGAGUCGCUCAGCUCGCUGGGCUCGGCUUCGUCCGAGGCCGAGCAGGACUACCACUACCUGAGUGACUGGGGGCCGCGGUUCAGGAAACUGGCCGACCUGUACGGGGCCGAGGACAGUGACUUCUCCUAACGAUGACACACCCCACUCAAUCCCAUGUCAAAGACGGGUUCAGGAAACAUUUUUGGCGACUGCAGGGCCGAGGACAGCAACAUCUAACUACAAACUCAGUAUUAGAGACCAUGAACGUUGCUGAGGAGCUUUAAGGAAAUGAGAGAACUUUUCAGACACACACACUCGACACGAUGAACCAACAGAUAUGCUGGCAGAUGUUGAUUCCAUUACAUGGGAUGUCCGAGAUCACCACCUGACCUUUGACCUGCCUUCACUGCACAUCAGAUCCAAAAAUGGAGCCUACCAAGUCAUUUUCAAAAGGGGACAAACGUUAUUUUUGGGAAUGGGAACUAAUGGAUGUAGAAAUGUAAAUCUACCAGCACAACGGUGGAGCCCAAAGAUGUUUAGCUCCACCAGUGUGAACCUCUUCAAAGACUCAUUUCAGGCCUGAAUGGAGUUUGGAAUCAAAAUUGGACUGGAUAUUUUUUUUUUUUUUUUAGGAAAAUUGGACUUUGAAUACUUUCUUUGGCUUUAUUUUAAUCUCUCCUGAGUUACCAAAAAACUAUUUUGGAGAGUGUUUUUUUUUUUGUGGCUUUAAAUUUGCCAUUCCAGGCGAACUGAAUGGAGUGUUUGGACCCAGGUCAGUCAACAAAACCCCAAUGUAGUUAUUUCAGGACCGGACCAGACACACUCACCGCUGCAGAUAUGAAGCGAAGUGUGUGGAGAGACGAGUCCUUGUGUUUUUUUUUUUUCUUUUUGACUAAGUGCCCUUCUGCUGCCCUUCGAGCUGAACUGUGGAUGUCUGUUGGCUGGUGGAGACUGGAGGGGGCUAAUGACUCUUACAUGAUUGCUUUUUGUCUUUUUUGCUGUCUUGUACAAAAUGACCAUUCCAGAGGAGAAAAUCGCCUUCUUCGGGACACAGAGUAAAAAGAGGACAACUUGUAUGAUUAAAUGCACUGAUUUCUUUCUGUUUACGCAGGUUUUUAGAUUCCUUUUCUUUUUUUCUUUCUUCUUUUUUUUUUUUGGAUCAAUUUUUUUUUAAUGUGCUGCACACAAAAAGAAGAGAUAUGUUCACAGCACCAUUUCUAGAUUUUUAGCUUCUUGAUUAGGUGUAUAUUGUGUCAGAACUGUGGUUGAACAGAGUUAUCUUGGAAGUAUACUAAGUUCCAUAAAUCUUUAAUUUCACUGGAGUCUUUUUCUAUAACAAAAUACAACUUCAGCUAUCAUAAAAAAAGUGGGGGAAAAAGAUUUCCCUUUUCUUUUUCUCUUUUUUUUGUCAAGAAAAUGUUUUAUAUUUACAUGGACAUGGGAGGCCCCACCUUCACAGUAGGGGUGUCACUUUGAAUUGAAAAUUCUGAAUAUUGUUCAAGCAUGAAACAAUUUAUCCGACUCAAAAUACCCAAGAUUUAUUUGCAUCGAGCUGUUUGUACAGCAAAGAUUGUGGCUUCAGUGAAAUAUUUAAAUUGCACUAAUCAUCACCAAUCUUUUUUUUUUUUUUUUUGGACUAACAUUGCGUCACAUGACUAUAAUAAAGGAGUCGCUUGUGGUGAAUAAUUUUUGGAGAAUUAUCACCAAAUCUGCGCUUCUCCUCAGUUCGACUGAGUGUUUUAGCAUCUUUCAGUCCAUUGCUUCGGUUUUCCAGCUCACGGUUUUACAUUUUGAAUUAAGUCUCACUGCUCUCAUCAAUCGUAUUUCCAACAGCAGUGAACUGUUGCCGGCAAUAGAGCAACUUAAUGGAAACUGUUCAACAUCAAAACAUCAGACAGAGGCAUUUAGCAACUCUAGUUCUUAAUCAGAGCUAGUAGGAGAGUCGGUUGGACACAAAGUCCAGAAUAUGAUAAUAUUGAUCCUUUCAGUUGGAUGGAAGAGGCUGUUUGCUACCACAUUAGCCAGAGCAAGAAUAAUGGGAUUCUUUUGGAAUUUAUUUGCUUUCUUGGGGAGUCGAUCACCACCAUGUCUGUGAAGCUAUCACAAGCAGCCAAUUAGCUUAGCUUAGCUUAGCUUAGCACAAAGACUAAAAAGCAGGAAACAGCAGCUGGCCAGGCUGUCUACCGACCAGUUCAUGGUGUCCGUAUGACUGAUGUGGAAUUUGAAAGCGGACACAUACUGUUUAUACCCCAGUAGGUCUCAUGAUGGUCUCAUUGCCCCUCAUGUUGAAGGCAGAAAAAUACUCUGUGGAUGCUUCUGAAAGGCUGUGACUUUUUACAGGAUGUACGAUUGUUCUGCUGCACCUUGUGUUUGUCCCUGAGGUGUGCAGAACACAGCAGGUGGACACAGCACAGGAUUUCUGGAGAGUUUAUAAGAACUUCCCAGCGUUUGGGCAGCGACUGCUUCAAUCGCAACUCUUUAAAUGAUGAAUUGUAAAAGUGUGGAUCUCCUCACGUUGUCUCAACAUGAGACAGGCAUUUCUGUACAGCACCGUUUGUUUUCCUGGAAUGUGAGCAGUCUGCAUCGUCACUGAUUUUGUACGCCACACAUACAUCCACAGAGGAAUCCCUCUCAAACUUGGGUGGAAGAUAGAAUUUACUUUGCGCGGACCCUUACAGAUACAGAAAGCAUGAAUUGGCCUUAAAAGCAACUAAAAAAAACUACCAGCAGCUCUACAGCUAAGCUGCUGUUAUUGAGACAAAGUAUUUUUCUUUUCUAUGCACUCUAUUUCUUCGACUCUUUACUAGUUGCCUAGAAAACCCCCGAUGACGAGAUUUCAGAGUUGCCAAAAAGCAAUAAAUGCAGGAUUUAUGCAAGAUGCAGAGUUAAAAAGCAAGAUGUUCUGAACAGAUAAUCAUGAAACCGAGUUGUCUGAGGAGUAAACUAAUGGACAAACUGCCUUACAGGAACAUCAAGAGAACAAGUCAGCUGUUAGCUCGUCCCUGAAAAGACAGCGAACGCACCGCAAAUGAAGAGAACUUUAUCAGUCUGACAGCGUAAGUUGACUUUGCGAUUGGACUGUAUGUGUAUUCAAACGAAUGCCGACAUACGAUGUGUCCUCAUUUGUUCCGAGUUGAUUUUUUGGAAAAGUGACAGCCCUACUUCACAGCCAGCAUUGCAGCUUGAAUGUCUUUCGGUGACUGGUAACCUCAUUUUCAGUUCCACAUUAUUUCCCGCUCGUACCUGUUUCCUCCCAUGUACUCGCACAGUUUGAGGAUAUGAUCCAAAUGUUUUUGCCCAAAGGUAUUCUGGCACAGAUUUCACUCACUUGCAAGAAAAGAAAGGAAGCGCUUGCCUCCUUCACUGGUUUAUUUGCUUCGUUUUUAUUCAGAUCACCCUUGUGUGUCCUUCAGAGGCAUGAGGGUUUGUUGUUAAAUGUUGUAAUUAACCAACACUGGAAGGAAGUGUAUUUGUCAUUUGCUUUGAUGUCACAUUAAUUACUUAAAGCAAAAUCACAACCGUCAACCUCAGUGCUACAUUCUAAAGAAGACAGUUUCCAGAUGAGGAGAGAAACUAUGAGGUCGUGUUGGUUUACUGAUUUUUUUAAAGUUUUUUUUCCUUUUUAUUUUAUUUUAUUUUUUUGUUAUUCUGAUUUGGUAUCAGGAGUUUAUAUCGUGUGUUUUGGCAGUUUCAGUAAAAGCAGCGGUUUGUUCCAGUUGUGUUGUGACUGUGCUCUGCUCUGAAGGCUUCAAACAAAAUUGUCCACAUAUUUUCUUUAUAUUGUAACUCAUUCUUUUUGUACCAAAUAUUUAUAGGACACGAUGAUGAUAUUCUUGGAAGAAAAGAACAAAAAAAAAAUCUCAAUACCGUCCAGCUUCACUGUUUUUUAAUGUCAUUUUUGGAGGUGUGAAACUCGCUGUGGGCAGUCUCCAGUCUGUAUACGAUGUAUUAUCAAGUUGUUUAAUUUUAUCAAAAUAAACUUUUACAGUCAAA